CCCAAACACUUCCCCGCACAUGUCAUUGGGCCCUGUCCCUAAUUCCGGUAUAUUAGCAGAGUUUGACAUGUAGCGCUGCUGUCAAGGAUUUUUUCCUUGCUCGCUGGAGCAGUGCGGUAUAAGUAAGUACUCCUCCCUGAAAACCCCUUCCUUUCUCACAUAUCUAUGCCAGAGGAGCUGGCAAAUCCAUCAGCUUUGCUUUGGCUGUCAGGUAGCAGGUUGGAGAAGGAAAUGAGAAAUGCGCGGAGAACAGAUACUCGUUUUUUUUUUUUUUUUCAGUCACAGUCAGUGUGUUGAUGGCCAUGGGAUGUAAUUUUUGCCACAUCUGUUGUGAUUCCAUCUUCACAUAAGCUCACCAGGAUGUUUUCAGUCUUGGAAUCCAAAAUGGAUUCAUCAGAGAUAUACAGUGUGAGUCAAACAGCCUCUGUCUUUCUGUCUGGAGGACAUUCUUUUUUUCUUUCUGCUCUCACAGAAAAGCACCUCACAAAGUCUUAACUUUCCUUGCUGUUGGUAUGUGGCACCUGUAAAAUCAUCUGAAAAGCACCUUUUGCUAAGAUUAGGUUUCACAGCUGUCGUGCGGAAAGGUGAACGUUUAAUUUGAAGUCCUAGCAGUGAUAUCCACAGCCAUGGCCAUACUAUACAUAACUUCUUCUGAAGCUUUUGAAGGAAUAUACAGUCAUAUAUAAUUCCGCUGCUGGCCAGACCUCAGAUCAAUAAAACUCUCACCUUCCAGGGCUCUGUGAAAUAUAUUUGAAAACAAAAAAAAAUAUUUGAAGAAAUUUAUCCUCGUCAUUCACAUGACAUCUGAGUAGUCUGGGAAGCCAUUGAGUACAUACAGCUGCCAAAGCAAAUAAGCAUGAGGUGUUACUGUUUUUUUUUCUUCACGAGCCACAGCUUUCCGUCCAGCCUGUGAAUCGCCUUUGCUGCACCUGAAGAUUUUGUGCAUUGUUUGGCCCUGACAAAAAAAGAAAAAAAAAGAGUACAAGACACUUUUAGCAGGCACCCCAUAUGAACACCUUUCUCAUCUGCAGUGUUUUGCAUCAAUGAGUUUCCAAGAUAUUGUAUUAUAAUCUGAUGAGUGUCUCAGAUACAGUGUGGCCCACGUCCUUGUGAGAUGAGAAAUCCUGUAUUCUUAUCAGGGUGAGUCAGGGAUCAGGCAGCCUGAUGGCGAGGAUUUCACCUAUUUCAACUGAGACGCACUGAGAAGGUGGAGAUAGUACAAAAUAUUCAGCUAUCACGGGUGAUUUUUUUCUGGGAGGGUUCAUGCAGGAUCAGUUUAGCAUUAUGUUUCUGAGUGCAGGCCGUGUCUUAGUCCUCCUAAAGAGAUUAAGUGUGAAGUGGUGCGCGGUUACAUAAGCACUUAUUAAUUCUGGCAGAAUGACACCUCUGUAGAUCCGUGAGGUAGUGGCCUUUUUUAUUUCAUAGGUAUCAAAAUCUCUCUAACACUUUCAAGAAAUAUGGGUCAAAUUUAUAUCACAGAUUUUCCGGUCCAUAUGAUGAUUGAGGACAUAUAUAUAGUCUUAUUAUUCUUAUAUAUAAUUACUUGACUGGAGAUGAAGUCUUGGUGAGAUGGGGUUCUUCCAGUUCCAGUGUUGAGGAGCAGCAGUGCAUCAGUCUUAAAAAAAUAGAUUUUGAUUACAACAUAAACAGCAUUUCAACAAUCUUUGUAAUUUAGCCUUCAAUUAUAUUGACAUAGAGUUUUAUUGUACUGCCCUGAACACUUUAUUAGAUCACUCAGUCAUACCAGUCUCUUUCAGUCAGUCACCAAGUUGAACUUUUGACCGUGCGCAGACUGAAACAUUCCUACUGUGGCUGCGCUCGCUGAGGCAGGGCAGUGAAACUGAAGAUAAAAUCGUCGGAGAGGCUUAGUGUGUCGCAGAGCGGCAGCCGUCAGGAGCUGCUGUAGGCCGUGCAGUGGAGGUGAGUGUGUGCGCAGCGGGCCGGAGCCAGGAUGUGGAGUGAGAGACAGGGGGCCGACCAGGUCGAGAGACAGCUUCGUCUCCCACCUCUGCCUCUGCCUCCAGCCAACCAAAGGGUCAGACGUCUUAAGCCUCAGCUUUUCUUCAGACGGGCGCUGUCCCACAUUUUUUGGGGGUGUUUGAAGUGAUAACUUGUCUAACCUCAUUGUUGUGUCUAAAUAUAGACAACAACGCUCAAAUAAAUAAAUUAGAUGCACCGAUCACGAAUCACCUAUUGUCACUGGUGAAUAUUUCCAUUUAUGAAACCUUAUUGGAGACCCAGUUUCUACCGCAUAUCUCAUGUGCAAGAGUCUUUAUCUGUUGCAAAUCUCAUGUGCAAGAUGCUUUAUCUGUUGCAAAUCUCAUGUGCAAGAGUCUUUAUCUGUUGCAUAUCUCAUGUGCAAGAUGCUUUAUCUGUUGUAAAUCCCAUGUGCGAGAUGCAAGCAUUUAUUUCAGCAGUAGCCACACAUAGCCAGCUAGAAUGUAAUUUGGUUCGCGCUACAUGGUUCUAUUCUGCCAGUUGGAAAUAUGAUUGUUUGAAUGUUAAUUGUGUUUUUCAGGUCUUUUACUCCGAAACGAGAGGUGGUCGGACUGUUGGAAAUGGAGCCACGUUGGAUGUUCCCCUCAGCCUGGACAUGUUGACCACUGGCCAGAUUGAUGGACAAGCCAGUUUUGAUGUGGCUCUUGCCAACCUGAGAGUGGCCACCCAGUACCGAGUUAGUGUUGGGGCCUAUGGGUGGGCCGGUGAGGGCCGUCCCAGCAUGCCACGGGAUGUCGGCACUGCUUCUCAUGAGAUGUGUAUGCCUCCCUCUCCCCCGACACAGCCUCGUGUCGUAGCGGUGUCCGACACCGAGCUGGCAUUGUCAUGGCAACAGGGCGAGAGCGAAGGGAGUGCCCCAGUGCUGCACUUUCUCGUGGCUUACAUCAGGCCAGAGAUGGACACAGAGUGGACUUACAUCCGAGAGCCGGUGGAAUCCAACUCCAUGGUACUGAAGGGCCUCUUCCCAGACGCAGAGUACCAGUUUGUGGUGCGGGCUGUCAACAUCCAUGGAGCGAGCCCUCCCAGCACCAUCAAUAAUCCGGUGCGGACCCUUGGUUCAGAAGAUGUUGGCAGUGGAGACUAUGGUCAGCGCUACAUAACUAACACAAAGGUAAAGGAUGAAGAUGUCUUUGAUGUGGAUGACUCCGACUAUGACGUUUUCAUUGAGGAGCUCAAAAAGUUUCCAGCCAUCACCGGCGAUAACAGGAGAUCCCAGUUGAGGUCCAGAACUGGAGUACCGGGUCCCGGAAACGUCAUUUUCAGGCUGGGCCCAAAGUCCUCUACCACCACCCUCCCUGUGCCUGUGUGGGCCACCUCCGUCUUCGACACGGUCAGCCCCCCAGUCACCACCUUCACCACCACUCUCGCCUCCUUCACCGGCGGCCUCUUCCCCAACCCCUCCACCAAGGCCAUGCCCAGCACCAGCACCAGCACCAGCACCAGCACCACAUUCAUCCCCACCCCGGCCCCCACCCCUGCUGCGCCCACACCCUCUCGGCCCAUGACCCCGUGGAAGGGCGACGUGCCGCGGCUGUACGACCUGUCGUGCGAGGAUACAGUGUGCCCGUCCGACAGCUUCUGCCUGAACGACUACGACAGCGGAGGCUCGCGCUGCCACUGCAGUCUGGGUCGUGAGGGAGACACCUGCUCCGAGGGUGUGACAGUGCAGUUCCCUAAGUUUUAUGGCUACUCGCACGUGACCUUUGAACCCCUGAAGAACUCUUACCAGACAUUUCAGAUGACUGUGCAGUUCAAGGCUGAUUCUGAGGAUGGACUACUGCUGUACUGUGGGGAGAAUGAGCAUGGCCGAGGAGACUUCACCUCUCUGUCCUUGGUCCGGGGUAAACUGCACUACAGGUUUAACUGCGGCACAGGUAUGGCCCAGAUCAUGAGUGAGAGCAGGGUGGUGCUGGGACAGUGGCACAUCGUCACCAUCUUCAGGGACGGCAUGACUGGCUGGCUCAGAAUGGACAACGACACCCCGGUCUCUGGACGGUCACCGGGCCAGUACACCAAGAUCACCUUCCGCACCCCGCUGUACCUGGGCGGGGCCCCCAGCGUCUACUGGUUGGUGAGGGCAGUGGGCACCAACCGCGGCUUCCAGGGCUGCAUCCAGUCCCUCAACGUUAACGGCAAGCUGGUGGACCUUCGGCCCUGGCCCCUGGGCAGCGCCCUGAGCGGAGCGGAUGUGGGCGAAUGUAGCGACGGCGUGUGCGACAAGGUCACCUGUGCCAACGGCGGGCUGUGUUUCGCCAACCGCGCAGAUGGCUUCAUCUGCCUGUGCCCGCUUGGCUUCAGAGGCCAGCUCUGCGAGGAGAGUUUCCUGCUGUCUCUGCCCCUGUUCAACGAGACCAUGCGCUCGUACGCCAGCGCCCCCUGGCCCCAGUCCCUCCACAGCUACCUGUCCUUCAUGGAGUUUGAGAUCGUCUUCCAGCCGGCCAGCCCUGACGGCACACUGCUCUACAGCGACGACAUUGGCAGCCGCGACUUCCUGUCCAUCAACCUGGUGGACGGGUUUGUGGAGUUCCGCUUCGACUGUGGCUCCGGGGCGACCGUCAUUAGGAGUGAAGAGGCCAUUGGCAUGAGCUCCUGGCACGAGGUGCGUGUGUCCCGCACGGCGAAGAGUGGCAUCCUCCAAGUAGACAACCAAAGACCCACUGAGGGCAAAGCAGAGGGAGCCUUCACUCAGAUCAAGUGCAGCUCUCCGCUCUACAUGGGAGGCGUCCCCGACUACACCAUCACCAAGAGCAGCGCCGCCGUGAGGCGCCCCUUCAGUGGCACCCUUCAGAAGAUCGUGCUGAAUGACCGCAACAUCCCCCUGACCAAGGACUUUACCUUUGGCGUGAACGUGGAGAAUGCGGCCCACCCGUGCAUGGACAGCCCCUGUGCCAACGGCGGGACGUGUCGGCCCAAGUGGGACAGCUACGAGUGUGACUGUGCUCUGGGCUAUGAUGGCAAACACUGUCAGAAGGAAUGUGGGAAUUAUUGCUUGAACACUGUGACUGAGGCAAUUGAAAUACCCCAGUUCACGGGCCGCAGCUAUCUGACCUACGACAGCCGAGAUAUCCUAAAAAGGGUGUCUGGUGUCAGGACCAAUAUGUUCAUGCGCUUUAAGAGCACGUCCAAAGACGGCCUGCUGCUGUGGCGCGGAGACGUGAGGCCCAACAGCGACUACCUUGCUCUGGGCCUGCAGGACGGUGCACUGGUCUUCAGCUAUAACCUUGGAAGUGGCCCAACAUCUGUUGUGCUCAAUGGAACCUUCAACGAUGGCAGAUGGCACAGAGUGAAAGCAGUCAGGGACGCUCAGUUUGGGAAACUGACAGUGGACGACUAUGGCGCUAAGACUGGGAGGUCUCCCGGGAAAAUGAGGCAGCUCAAUAUCAAUGGGGUCUUGUAUGUCGGGGGGAUGAAGGAGAUCGCCCUGCACACCAACAGGCAGUACAUGCGCGGGCUGGUGGGCUGCGUCUCACACUUCACCCUCUCCACCGACUACCACAUAGCCUUGGUGGAGGACGCCACCGACGGGAAGAACAUCAACACCUGCACCAACUGAAAAUUGCUCUGAUACCCAGCCCCCUCCCCCCCCACCUCCCUCCCCUAUCCCGACACCGUCCUCACCAAUGGAAGAGCCAGAGCAGCUGUGCCGAUGCUGCCAUCCAAAGCUAGGGCCAAAACAGCAAACAAAAAACAGCAACAAAUAACAAAUGAAUAAACUUUCAGCGCAGGACAGCUGAAGCACUCACUGCCUCCUCUUGCAGAAGAGAAGUCAGAACUAUGAGGGACAGUUUCUUGGGAUUGAUUGAUUGAUUGUAUUUAUGCCGAUUAAUUUAUUUUUUAUGUAUGUCCAUACUAACUUAAUAAAAAGAGAGAAAAAGACAUGCAGCAAUGCAAGACGUUUUUGGCGAUGAUGGAGAUGAAGGUGAUGUAGAUGAUGUAAGAGAUAGAUGAGGGAAGUCUGUGGAAUGGGCAUUCUAGAAUAUUCUUUUUCUUUUCUUUUUUUUGUACAAAUGGAAUUCUUUGAAUGCAACAGUCUUUGUGUUUUAGCUCUCUCUGUUCUCUUCUCCCAUGUCUGUUACGAGGUCUUCACUGUUAAUUGUUCAUAGGCUGCUAGCUGUGGAACUGAAAGGAUGUCUCUCUUCAUGACUACAAAUCUACCAUUUUCUUUCCUGUUCCUCUUGUAAUGUUUCUGUCCUCAAUUUAAUAAUAUUAUUAUUAUAAGUUUUUUUUAUUGAGUGUUGAAUUUUUGCGACCUUUUUUUUUGUAGAGAAUUAUCUUUAUGUGUGGGAGUUAUUCAUUCCUUUUUUCAUUGUCUGCCUUGCUGCUCAAAAAAGCCUGUAUUUCUCUGCCAGAGAACGUGGCUUAUGUUAAAAACAAAUGAAUUUCUUCCUCUCAUCAGAAGGUUUUUGUGUUUUGUUUUGUUAUACAGUGUGCAACCUCUUCCUGAAGUGUCUAGUGUUGCCCCAGUAACAGAGGAAUGCUAUUGUGAAACGCCUACUGAAUUAAAUCAAUCAACUUGUCUAUUUUAUGUCACUGUAAAAGCAACCUGAGUCAGCUGACACACAUCAUCACACAAACCAGCUGUGUCAUUAUUAGCAUGAAAAGCAUUUUUUACUCCUGAAGACGGCGAGAAAGUAAGCAUAGCACUCGGAUUGGCCACUGUAUGUUAAUUAAAAGCGAAUGGGGGCUGCUGUUCUGUCACCUAUAAUAUCAGAAGCACAGAUCGAUAAGUACAGUCUGUCCAUGCCUAGGGCCCGGGGUGCCUGCCUGAGCACAGAGAGACAGUUAUACAUAUAGUAUAAAUACCCCCUAUAAACAAAUACCACUACACAUUAAACAUUAUUUUCACCAAGCACACCUGAUACAGACAGUGGCUUAAGACACUCAUUGGUAGUAGUAGCAGCGGUUCUGGCAGCAGUAGUUGUGCAGUGCCAGUAGCUGUGUUGGGAUGGCAUAAUAUACACCAUUUGUGCAGAGGGUGGUUAAGGUCAGUUUACAGUGGCGGUUUGGUUUAAAGUGACAGUGCGCUUUAGUCAUUCAGGAGAGGAGUGUGUGGAUGGUCUGGAUGUUCAGGCUGUUGAGGAACCUCACAGCCUGCGGACUGAAACUGUUGCAUAGUCUAAUGGAGGCUGCAUGGAUGCCCUGAUGCCUCCUGCCAGAGGGUUGAAGGGGGAAGUGGGGGUGGGAAGGGGGGAUGGGCUCCUUCAUGAUGCUGAGGGCCUUCUGGGUGCACCGUGGCCUGGAUGGAUGGGAGAGCAGUUCCUAUGAUCGUUCCACUUGUGUUCACUAUCCGCUGGAGGGACUUCUGGUCAGAGGCCUUGUAGUUUCCAUGCCAUGUCAGCUGGUGCCUCUGUACAAUGUAAUAAGGACGGAUGGGGGAGAGUUAGCUUCAAGCGCUGCAGGGAGUGGAGCCGCCGCUGAGCUUUCUUGAAGAGUGCAGUGACACGUGAAGACCAGGAGAGGUCCUCUGUGAUGUGCACCCCCAGGAACUUGGCACAAUGCUGACUCUCUCUCUCUCUACAUCCGUACCAUCGAUGGUCAGGGGGGUGUGGUGGCCGCUGGUUUUCUGAAGCCGAUGAAGUUUGAAGGUUGUUGACUUUGCACCACGUCGCCAAUGGGUCCACCUCCGCUCUGUGAUGGUGAUUCAGCAUUGCCGCUGAUGAGGCCCACCACCGCAGUGUCACCAGGAAAAACUUGAUGAUGAGGUUGGAGGUGGAUGAUGCCGUCCUGUGUCAGCAGAGUGAACAGGAGGGGACUGAGCACGCAGCCCUAUUAAGUGUGUGCUCAGCAUGAGAGUACAGAGAAAGUACUUUUCAUUCUGUGCAUUAAGUAUGCACUCAAAUAUGAUCAUAUAUACCUAUUUAUUGGUGUGGUAAAACUGCCGGCAAGUGAUUAAUGUGAUUGAAAACUUGGAAUUCCCAUAAAAUAUAUCCCAAAGGCA